AUGGCCGAAAAAGACCACCCUCCCUCCGCUCCUCCGCCCACUUCCUACAUGAGCGAACCCACCUCCGAUCCCGCCCUACUUGAUCCCUUUCGCGCCAUCGGCUGGUCCAACUCCCUCCUCAACUCCCCAGACUACUAUCCCAUCCGCACCUGGUCCCGACUCCCCAAGCCACACACAGGCGAAGAUGGCUUCUUCGCCGGCACCCUGGCCACAUCCUCCACCAUCCCGCACUGUCUGACUCUCCGCCGACGCAACCUCCUCCCUCCCCCGCAGGAGGUCCCCGUCUGGCCCAGUCCCACCGCAACCCCGUCGUCGGCGCCCUCGCCAAUUCCUCCGGAUAUCAUUAUGAUGGUUGAUCUGGCGACGCCCGGCGUGAGUGGCCAUCCGUCCACCGCUCAUGGCGGCGUCGUGGCCACACUGCUUGACGAGGCCAUGUCCUUGGCAGUCGCCAUUCAUGCUCCGUCCUCCGGGGACCAUCCGCGGGGUGCUAUCUACACCGCGCAGCUGGACGUCCGAUACAAGAAACCCCUCCGUGUGCCUGGCUUGGUUGUCGUCCGCGCGAAAGUCGUGGCUAGGGUCGGAAGGAAGUACUGGGUGCGUGCGCAAGCGGUGCAGGAAGAAAGUGACGAGAACAACGGCCGCGGUCUCGGGGGCCAUCUGGAAUGGGCGAAAAAGAAGACAGUGGUGACGGAUGCCAUGGCGUUUUGGAUACAAACUGCUCCUUCGUUGUGA